AUGUACGUGGAGCAAAUAGCAGGACUGAACACUCUUGGGAUAUCCCUCGCUCGCAUAGACUAUGCACCUGGCGGACUAAACCCUCCUCACAUCCACCCUCGGGCCACGGAAGUCCUUAUGGUCAUGGAAGGCACUCUCUACGUUGGCUUCGUCACAUCCAAUGAUAACGACAACCGCCUCUUAAGCAAAGUGUUGUACAAGGGAGAUGUGUUUGUCUUCCCAUUUGCUCAAAUUCACUUCCAGCUCAACAUCGGAAAGGUCAAAGCCGUAGCCGUUUCCAGUCUUAGCAGCCAGUUUCCUGGUGUCAUCACCAUAGCCAAUGCAGUGUUCGGGUCCAACCCUCCAAUCAACCCUGAUGUUCUCGCCAAGGCCUUCCAACUUGACAACAAUGUCGUUCAGUAUCUCCAGAAACAGUUCUGGUAUGACAACAAUUAAGAA